UCCAAUUUGACAACUAACACUAACCUAACCUAUAAUUUUGUGAUCUAAAAAUCGACUACAAAACACUGUAAUUAUUGAAUUAAAAACUGUUAUUAAAUUAAAUUUAACUUCUUUAAUCAAUAAAAUGGGAGAUAUGCUAAAGGAAUUACGAGAAAAAUCACGGAAAAGGAAACAAUUACUUGUACAAACACUUGGGGUUUCUGGGGCGGAAGAAUUGAGACAAAUAUUGGGAACGGGAGAUGUUCCUGCAAAGAAAUUGAGUAAUAAACCCAGUUCAAGCCUGCAGGAGAAUGAGCAAUAUGAUUAUAAAAAGGAGGCACUUGAUGAAAUGGUUUAUCGAGACUCUUCCACAUUUUUGAAGGGUACACAGUCGUCAAAUCCUCACAAUGAUUAUUGCCAACACUUUGUUGACACUGGUCAAAGACCCCAGAACUUUAUUCGAGAUGUUGGUCUAGCAGAUAGGUUUGAAGAAUACCCAAAAUUAAGGGAACUAAUCCGUUUAAAAGAUGAAUUAAUAUCGCAAACUGCCACACCGCCAAUGUAUUUAAAAUGCGACCUAGCCUCUUACGAUUUCAAGAGUUUGAACGGAAAGUUCGACGUUAUAUUGAUUGAGCCGCCUUUGGAGGAGUACCAGAGGACGAUGGGCGCGACCAAUAUGCAAUUUUGGUCGUGGGACAGGAUCAUGAACUUGGACGUGGGGGAGGUAGCGGCACAGAGAAGUUUUGUGUUUUUGUGGUGUGGCAGUUCGGAUGGUCUGGAUAUGGGCAGGGUGUGUCUCAGGAAAUGGGGCUUCAGAAGAUGUGAAGAUAUCUGUUGGAUAAAAACAAAUAUAAAAAAUCCGGGACAUUCAAAAAAUCUGGAUCCCAAAGCUGUAUUUCAGAGAACUAAGGAGCAUUGUUUGAUGGGUAUUAAAGGUACUGUUAGAAGAUCGACAGAUGGUGAUUUUAUCCAUGCAAAUGUGGAUAUUGAUUUAAUCAUAUCUGAAGAACCUGAGUAUGGCAGCUUGGAGAAACCUGUAGAAAUAUUUCAUAUAAUAGAGCAUUUUUGCUUGGGUCGAAGAAGACUGCACAUUUUCGGCAAAGACUCCACAAUAAGGCCGGGCUGGUUGACCAUCGGCCCCGAACUGACCAAUUCCAACUUCAUGCCCGACAUAUACUCCAGCAAUUUCGCAAAUAACCAAACUACCACCGGCUGCACCGAGAGAAUAGAAGCCCUAAGGCCCAAAAGUCCACCGCCUAAGGGCAAGGGGAACCCGGGAGGCAGAGGAAGAGGCAGCUUCCAAAGAGGAAGGGGGAGGGGUAGAUAAUAACCGAGAUAUACCACCAGGUGGACCAAAUUCGGAGGUAACCAUUGUGUUAUCUCGGAAACUAUAAGGAAUAUGAAGGAGGUUAUAUUAUGGCGAAGUUUCGACAUUUUAUGUCUAAUAAAAUAUAGUUUCGCAAAUUGCAAUAUUUC